CUCUGUGUCCCCGUGGUCCCAGUGUGUCCCAAUGGUCCCUAUGGGUCCCUAUGGGUCCCUAUGGGUCCCAGUGUGUCCCCGUGGUGCCAGUGCUGUCGCCCCGCAGGCGUCGCUGGACCAGCCGACGCAGACGGUGAUGAUGCACCGCACGGAGCCGACGGCGCAGCAGAACCUGGCGCUGCAGCUGGCCGAGAAGCUGGGCGCGCUGGUGGAGAACAACGAGCGCGUGCUGGACCACAAGCAGGGCUCCUUCGGCGGCUACUUCCGAGAUCAGAAGGACGGCUACCGGAAGGGGGACGGCGGUUACCUUCGCCGUGGGGCCUACAGACAACAGGAGCGCUCCUCCAACUACUGACCCACAGCUCUGCCCCAUAGACCACCCUGCCCCAUAGACCGCCCUGCCCCAUAGAUGGCCCUGCCCCAUAGCACAGCCCUGCCC